AUGCACGAAGAGGUACCAAAUAUAGUGCGAUUGGCAUUACAUCUUCCGGGAAUGCAUAGUGUCGUCUUUGAUCCUAAUGAUGAUGCCGCACAUGUUCUUGCCCGUGCUAACCGACAAAAAACUACUCUUAUAGCUUUCUUUGAGACGUGCGCAACUAUUGAUGUAGCCCGCCAGUAUACGUACCAGGAAUUCCCUCAACAUUUUGUUUGGAACAAAAAGGACAAAAGAUGGACAAUACGAAAGCGAGGAUUUGCUAUCGGUAGACUAUAUUUUGCUAAUCCAUCUGCAAGGGAAAUCUUUUACCUUCGGCUCCUUCUCACUGUUGUUCGUGGCCCACAAUCGUUUAAUCACUUAAAAACGGUCAAUAAUAUUGCCCACCCAACAUUUAAAGAUGCAUGUCUAGCCCUGGGUUUAUUAGAGGACGAUGAAGAAUGGAUCCAGUAUCUAGAAGAAGCUGCAGUCAUGUGUAGUGGCUUUCAACUGAGGUUACUUUUUGCUGUUAUACUUAUACAUUGCACUCCGACUCAACCUCAAGAUUUAUGGUUACGCUUUCGUGUUAAUCUCUGUGAUGAUCUCCUUUAUCGUCUAAGUAAUGAACAUGCUAUUCGUGAACCUACUGAGAGUCAGAUAUUUGAUUUUGGACUUUUUCUCCUUGACAACAUCCUGCAUGAUUUUAACCAACAUCUUGGCAUGUUCUCCUCGAUGCCUCUUUGGGAGCAUAACUGGGAUAAUUAUCAGAGAAACCGUUUCAUUUCUGAACAUUUAAAUUGGGAUCAAAAUGAGCUUCGAAAUACGGUUGACAAUCUUAUUUCUCAGAUGAAUAAUGAGCAGCGUGCAGCAUAUCAAGACAUUUUCAACUCCGUAACUGAACAAUAUGAUGCUUCACUCCAAAGAUCGCAGUUAUGGAUGCAUGUUAAAGUACAUACAUUAAAGAAAAAUAUGCGUCUUGAGGGUGAAUCAGAAGAAAAUAAACGAUAUGCACAAUGGCUUUUAGAUGUUGGAAAUGACGUUAAUGAAUCUAAAGUUGCCAUUCCAGAAAACAUGAGAGUUAGUCCUGAUUUAAAAUCUCUUAUCGACGCAGUUUAUUAUAACAUCAGCGUCGAAGGUAUAUGCACUAAUCAAUAUCUUAAGGACCGGAUAAUACUCUCCUCACGCAAUGAUGAUGUUGAUGCUAUUAACCGUACCAUUCUUAACAUCUUUCCUGGAAAUAAACGGACAUAUUUAAGUUCAGAUAAUGUUGUUAUAGAGGAAGGUGCUGAUAAUAUUGGAAAUAUCUAUCCCGUUGAAUACCUGAAUUCUCUUAAUCCUGCCGGUAUGCCACCGUCGAAACUUGAUCUCAAGAUUGGAUGUCCCAUCAUACUUCUUCGCAACCUUUCACCUUAUCAGGGUCUCUGCAAUGGUUCUCGCUUAGUCGUAACAAGGCUUACAGAUCAUGUAGUUGAGGCUUGCAUUUUAUGCG